AUGUCGGCGACAAAGCAUUACUUCCCCGAUACAGCGGCCAACACGCUGGUCCCGAGAGCGCUCCGUGCUCUCGUCUCGGCUAACCCCCAUCUCGUCCUCAACGAAGCCGAGCGCGUCGUCGCAAACUCUCAGAACGAUGCUUCGGCCGUCAGCAUCAUUGGCGGAGGUGGCUCCGGUCAUGAGCCGGCAUGGAGCGGAUUCGUCGGCGAGGGCCUCCUCUCCGCCGUCGCUUGCGGUGACAUUUUUGCUUCUCCCAGCACAAAGCAGGUUCUGGAGGCUAUGAGAUUAGCCCCCUCAACCGCCGGCGCGAUUCUUCUCAUCACAAACUACACCGGUGACCGACUUCACUUCGGUCUCGCUGCCGAGAGAGCGAAAGCCUCCGGUCUUUCCAACAACGUCGUUGUUCUUCCCGCCACAGAUGAUGUAUCGAUUGGCAGGAGUAGGAGCAGCAGGGUUGGCAGGAGAGGAAUGCCUGGCCACAUUUUCACCAUGAAGAUCCUUUCCGCUGCUGCCGCCGAGAAGUACUCCUUCGAACGCUGCGUGGACAUUGGCAGAGCAGUCAACGACCAGACGGUCUCAAUAGGCUCUGCCCUGGACCACUGCCACGUUCCCGGCAGACAGUUUCAGUCCCUUUCCCCCGACGCCUGCGCUCUCGGCGCCGGCAUCCACAACGAGCCCGCUCAACAGCUGCUGACUCCCUUCCCGUCUGUAAAGGACUUGGUCGAGAAGAUGCUGAAGCUGACGUGCGAUCCGACCGACCCCGAAAGGGCGUUCGUAAAGUUCGAGGCCGGCGACGAAGUUACGCUACUGAUUAACAACUACGGCGGUCUCUCCGUCCUGGAGCUGGGUGCUCUGACGGACGAGGUCCAGUCACAACUGGCGUCGACAUGGAACAUCAAGCCAUGCCGCACGCUGUCCGGCACGUUCGAGACCUCGCUCAACGCCCCAGGAUUCUCCAUUUCUCUGGUCAACAUUUCGGCUGCAGCCCGACAGUCGAGCGCAUCCGCCGCCGAGUUGCUGAACCUCCUUGACCGUCAGACGACCGCCGUCUCAUGGCCGAACAUCAUCCGCCAGGCCGCCGAUGCCAAGGCCAACGUUUCCGUCCAAUCGGACUCGAAAGCGAACGAGAACAUGCAGUCCGAUGUCCACAUCAAGGUCGACCCAGCACUGCUCGAGAAGUCCGUCAGGUCAGGUUGCGAAACCGCCAUCGCCGCCGAGCCCAAGUUGACCGAGUGGGACAUGGUCAUGGGCGAUGGCGACUGCGGUGAGGCUGUUAAGGGCCUCUGCGAAUCGCUCCUCCGCAACCUUGAUAACGGCGUUGCGAAGAGCGGCUCGGUGCUCGCUUUCCUCGAGUCUACAAUCGGAGCUGUGGACGACAUGGGAGGUACCCUAGGCGCCAUCUUGGGAAUUCUUCUGUCGGCUUUCUCUUCGUCUCUGAGGACUAACGCUCAAGCCGACGCCGCCGCCGCCGCUGCGCCAUCUGCUGCCCUCUACGCCAAGUCUCUGGCAACAGCCGUUGAGUCGUUGAAGUCGCACACCCCGGCAAGGGAAGGCGAUCGCACCGUCAUGGAUGUUCUUAUUCCCUUCACGGACAGCUUUGCCCAGACCGCCGACUUUGCUGCUUCCGUCAAGGUCGCUGCUGAGAAGGCGGAGGCGACGAGGUAUCUUAAGGCCAGGUUUGGUCGUGCUACCUACGUGGGAGAUGCGGCUGGACAGGAGUUGCCUGACCCUGGCGCGUGGGCUUUGUAUGAGAUCUUGUUGGGCAUGGCCAAGGGUCUGGGAAUCUCCGUAUAG